CAACGACCGAAGCACACGUGAAUUGAUUGAUGGUUAAAUUUAAAGAUAACUUAAACUGUUUAUUGUGGUGUUACUUGGUUAGGCACAACUUUGAUGAUAGGGUAGUUUCCCAAUGACUUCCACAUUGUACCGGUCCUUCCUCCGAGUUUUGGAAAAGUGGCCGGUGGAGCCAACCAAAAAAGGCCGGGAUUUGGGUCAACACAUUCGUCUCUGCGUUGCAGAAGCUUUCCGAGGAUCUGACCCACACGAGUCAAGCAAGUGCCAAGAAAUUCAGGAAUCGCUCAACCGAAUUGCUAGCAAUAAAUAUAAUGACGCCUUUUACGUGUCGGGGGCUGUUUCAUCCUCGGGACUCUCUCAAUCAGAAUGCCAGCAAAUUCUUUCGAACGAAUUUUUGAAGUUGUUGGCAGAGAAGGAUAAAGGAAACAUCAAAACGUUGAAGGAGAAAUUUUUAAAAAGUGAAAAUAAGGAUAAUUAGCAAGAUAGUUUUCGUAUGUUUUUUAAGCCCCACCAUUGUGGCAUAUAUCGUUGAACUAAUCUAAUCCAUAAGUCUUUAAAGAGUGUGUGUUCCGAAUUUUGUAAUAUGUCAAAGAUGUUGUCAAAUAUUGCUCUAAGGAAUUUGCUUCAGAAAACUAGCCAAAUUGUUGCCUCUUCAUGCAACAAAUUCUCGUCAAAUAUAACUGCUGAAGCAUAUUUGUCACCACAAUCUUUUAAUGAUGGUCUACAUGGCGUACCCGGUCACAAUAUUGAUACACCUCAUGUUCCAGUAAUGGUAAAUGAAGUGUUGUCCAUGUUGGAUAUUCAUCCAGGCAAAACAAUUCUGGAUUUGACGUUCGGUGCAGGUGGUCAUUCUCGGAGGAUUUUGGAAUCUUGUGGUGAUGUUAAUGUCAUAGGCUUAGAUCGCGACCCGGUUGCAUUUUCAUAUGCCCAAAAAAUGCAAGAAAACUUUGGACAGCGGUUCACUCCACUUCUUGGGCGAUUUAGUGAAGUGCCUAGAUUAUUUCAGCAGCAUGGAAUUUCGUCAGUCGACGGAAUUCUGCUGGACUUGGGUUGUUCAUCAAUGCAGUUUGAUGACGCGUCCAGAGGAUUUUCUAUAAGCCGUGACGGUCCUUUAGAUAUGAGGAUGGAUGGUACCAGAUUCCCAGAUCAGCCCACUGCUGCUGAUGUUUUACAACACAUCGAAGAGCAUCAUUUAGCAAAAAUUCUUAAGUAUUAUGGUGAAGAAAAACAGGCCAAGAAACUUGCACGAGCUAUUAUAGAGGCUCGCUACAUGUUUAAACGGUUAAAAACCACGUCGGAAUUAGCGUAUUUAGUAGAAUCUGUUUUGGACACUGAGAAACGUCUUGACAAACUGGCCCGUCCAACCCACGUAGCCACAAAAACGUUUCAAGCCAUAAGAAUUUUCGUUAAUAAUGAAAUUAAUGAGCUGAAUCAAAUAAUGGAAAUUGCACAUAAAGUCUUGAAUCCUGGAGGGAAACUAGUCGUUUUAUCUUUUCACUCCUUAGAGGAUCGUGUGGUCAAACGACACUUGGUAGGAAUUGAUAUGGACGAACCUGCCAGCAAAAGUAUGAGUCAAAAGUAUCGUAACGCCUUUAACUGGCAUAAUCCAGAUAACGUUGGUGAAAUUUUUAAUAAAAACUGGUCAGUUGUUAAUAAGCAUGUAUUAACACCAGAGUUUAAUGAGGUAGAGAGCAACCCAAGGAGUAGAUCUGCGAAACUUAGAUGUGCAAUCAAGAAUCAAAAUAAUAUAUAAAUACUUAAUAGAAAUAAAGUCUUUUAAAGGAAGAAA